CACAGCGGCGCCAAAAUUCAAAAGAUUUGUUCAUUGAAAUGACGAGAAGUGCUACGCGUUGACGCUACUAUUGAACUGUUUUUUCACUAGUGCUGAUUCCCUUGCUAAUAGAUCUGGAUAAACCACAGCCUUUUGAAUCCCUAUCGGGUGGAUUAUCAAGCGGAUCACGAUGGAAAGUUGCUGCGAUAUGAAGAGAAACCACGGAUACCAAAAGGGGUUUUCUGCGAUCUGAGCAGGAUGAGACGAAGUCCAAGGAGACCCCUGAUCCUCAAACGGAGGAAGCUACCUUUCCAACUGAACGACCCCCCGGCUAAUGUGGUCCCGUCGAAGGAACCCUAUGGACGACCACCACCAACACCUACACCAUCCCCCAAUGGGCCCUUCUCAACGGCCAUCGUCUUCCCGGACGGCAUCCAAGUCGUUUCCCACCCCACCAGGCCCGACACCCAGGUGGUGGUCAUCCCAAAAACAGCCGAUUUACAGUGCGUCAUCGGAGCUCUGACGGCCAAGGGCAAAGAGCAUGGGCCCAACGGACCCAACAAAUUCAUCCUCCUGAGUGGAAGCAGCGGUGGGCUGGAGAACGACUCGCAUUUUGUGCACUUAUCUGAGGGAGAUGGUCCGCCACCACAGAGAAUAACUGGAGGACCACAGGGUAACGUGAAGGAGGAGGGGGUUUGCCUGGACAUUAAACCCCUCACCGGAUUGAACCCAUUCAACAAGGACCUGGACUGCAGUCCGCUUGACGACAGUCUCACCAACAUGCAGUGGCUGGGCAGGAUGAGCACGGACACAGAGAAGAGUGAGGGGGCGAAGGAGAACUACAGCCUUUCCCAGCAGGAGUCACAGGAGACCUCCGACAGCAUGGUGGUGGAGGUGGAGGUGGAGGGGGGCGGGGAGGCGAAGGCCACCCUGUCGGACCGACCUCCCUACUCCUACAUGGCCAUGAUCCAGUUUGCAAUCAACAGCCGGCCCGGCCGCAGAAUGACCCUGAAGGAGAUCUACAACUGGAUCGAGGACCACUUCCCCUUCUUCCAGCAGCAGACCAAGCCCGGCUGGAAGAACUCCAUCCGCCACAACCUGUCCCUGCACGAUAUGUUCACGCGCGAGACCUCGCCGGACGGCAAGGUGUCCUACUGGACCAUCCGGCCCGAGACCGACCGUUGCCUGACCCUGGAUCAGGUGGUCAAGCCCGGCUAUGAGGGGACGGUCACUCUGGUCCCGGCUUCCCGGUCCCUUGUCCCACACCAGGAGCAGACGGGGAUGUUGUCGUCCUCUACAAGGAGUGUGGCUCGUGGCUGUGUGAGGAGGAUGAAGCCGCUCCUUCCCCGCAGCGACUCCUACCUGGUCCCCUUCCAGCUGCCCGCCGCCACCACCACCACCACCACCUCCAUCUUCCUGCCCACCUCCUACUCCCCCCAGGUCCAGCUCCGGCCAGCCCCCCAGCGUACCCGGGACACCCCCCGGGCCAAUAAGAGAGUGAGGAUCGCCCCUAAGCAGGUGGCGCACGUCGACGCCCCGGCCGUGCUGCUGCACCCCACCGCCAAGGAGUUCAAGGAGGAGCCGGCGUGCGUGUUGCUGACGCCCCGAAGGGCCCCGCGUCAAGGAGGAGGAGGAGGAGGCAGCUCGCGGCGCAAGCAGCGUCUGGUGCUCCCCGCGCACGAGGAGCCCGUCCUCCUCUUCCAGGACAGCUCCUUCUUCGACUCGGGCGUGGCCUCGGACGCCUCGGGACUCCAGGACACGCAGCCGGAGCUCUCCUUCAAAACCCCCGUCAAGGGCAGCGGCGGCGGCGGCGGCAGCAGCAGCCUCCUGGCCUCCUCCACGCCCAGCAAGCCGGCCGGCUGGGAGCCCUGGAAGGUGACCCCGCUGGGGAAGGGCACGCAGCGGGCCAUGCUGGACUUCAGCCCCAUCCGCACGCCAAGCGGGCCCCUGCACACGCCACGGCACACGCCCCAGCAGCAGCAGCAGCAGCAGCAGCACCUUCCGCUACAGGAUUACUCCAGCUUCAGCUUCAGCUUCAACGGCACGUCCUUCACGGAGCUGCCGCUGUUCAGCUCGCCGCGGGAGCUGCUGACGGCGUGCGGGCGAGACUCGUCGCCCGUGGGGGCCGGCCGCUCGCUGGAGGGCCUCAUGCUGGACACCAUGAACGACAGCCUGAGCAAGGUGCUGGUAGACAUCAGCUUCUCCGGCCUGGAGGACGAGGACUUGGGCACGGCCAACAUCAGCUGGUCCGAGUUCAUUCCCCAAAUGUUGUAGGCCGGCGUCCGGAGGGAAGGGGGGGGGGGGGGGGGGGGAGGA